CAUGCGGUGCGGGAGAUUGUAGUUGGCCGAAAGACUAGCUGCUCCACGGUGAAUAUUUUGUGCUUGGGCAGUGGAGGAGUGGUCGUUCUUGACUUCUAGACGUUCGGACCUCUCCGGAGUUGGUAGACCAUCAAGCAACGCUGCAAGAAAGUUUAUGUUCUCGUUGAACUCCAUACAUUUCACCCGCGCGGAUUUUUUUUACAUUCCAGAGGCAUGUUUUCUUGUAAUGUCCGCGGAUUCCUGGUAACGACAUAGCAUGCGCACGUGCGCACUCGUUAGGUUCUCGAGCGAGUUUCUGUUCUGAGGCUACCACAAUCGAACAAGGUCGUGGUGGUGGCUCUUUCUCCCUCAGAGAAACUCGUUUCAAAGGUCGCUGGGCCGUUUGACCGGUCGGUGUGCCGCGGCCACGGUCGCGCUUGCCACUGGGAGCAAGAGAUAGCUGAAUGAAGGGGUGUGGUCGCCUCAGCCAUCCCUCGCCUCUACAGCCUCUACAGAACACGAUGCUGAUGAUAGUUCAAUAUUGGCCAUAUUGAACGCGACUACAAUACGGGAAAUAAGAGUAUGCGCGGCACCUUUGAUCCGCCCACGCAAGUCACAAUAAGAUGUAAUAAUGAACUCCACAAAUACACCUUAAUAUGACAAUAUUUUACAGACACUAAGAUACUAUUGCAUGUGAAUUUUACAGAAGCAAGCAAAACUGCAUUUGUAUACGAGAACAUAUAAUCCUCAGAAAGUUCAUGGAAUUAUUAGGUUAGGGUUAGCUACCUGAUAUCUCUUCUUUGUCUGCUCUAUCAGGCGGCUAUUGAUAUUAUCUGAGAUGAGCCUUAUACAGUAGGGCAGCGGAUAAUACUUGUUCCUCCUUAAAGCACUGCUCUAGGAGACAGGUCCCUACGGGUAGUAUAGUGUCACAGAUAUAUUGGUCUUGAUUUAUCUUUCAGUUCAGCUUGUUUCAGCUUCUUAGCUAUUCAGCUAAUCACUCAAAUCAGUGUUCCUUAUUGCAUCAUUUGCUUGUAUAUAUUUCCAAGUCAAUGUUCACGCAGGGAGGUGUGAUGGUGUUGUAGUCAAUGGCCAGUCUGUCAAUUGACAGCUCUCUGGGAAAGGGAUUAAGGAUAAGUACUUAUGGCAGUGUUCCUCUGAUGAUAGCUGCCAGGAUGGGACACAUCAAGACUGUCCAGAGACUGUUGGAGUUAGGAGCCGAUGUAAACUGCAAAGAAAAGCUUGGACCGACAGCACUGCAUUUUGCAGCAGAGGAUGGUCACUCUGAGGUUGUCAAACUACUGCUGAGAGCUGGAGCUACUGACACACCUGAUCAGGAUGGCAAAAGAGCUGUGGACAAGGCCAGAGCUAUAUAACAGUCGCAGAGAAGUGGAGCAGUUGCAUAACUGAUCCCACGAACCUCCAUUAGGACAAAGAAUUAGAUCCUAAGCUGUUUGAUUAAUUGAACGAUUGCCACAAUAAUUAAAGUGCAA